GACAGCGAAAGAAAAACAUGUUUGUUGACUUCAUGUUCACGUGCUGAUUAUUUUUCAUUUUAAAAAUAAUAUCUACAUUAAUCAACUUACAAUCAUAAACAGCCAAAAAACCAACUCCAAAGUUUAUAUUUUUAAGGUUAACAUAAUAUUCAACAUGUCUUCAAAAAGACCACAAUUGCCAAAAUCAGUACUGGAAAUGAAAUUCAUGAGAAAAACUAAGGAAAGAAUAGAAAAGGAAUUAGAAAAUACACAAGGGCAUGACAGUUUAUACUCUAAUAUCAUAACAGAUGAAAUGCGACACGCUUCGGGUAAUUUCAUAACAGAGUCCAGUUUUAUAUUUUGUGAGGACUUGCUUGAAGGAAGGUUGUCAUACAAAGGCAUGAACCCAGAAAUAGAAAGGCUUAUGGAACAAGAUUUCAGAAACGCGAAUCCUGAUGGAGAUAUGAAAAAAGAUGUAUCAGAUGAAAUAUUAUUGAAGAAAAUGGAACAUUUCAAUAGAACCAAGAAACGGGCUUAUCAAACUCCCAAUAAACAUCAUGUAUCAAAAAAACGGAAAUUUUAAGAUGUUAUAGAUAUGUUAUUUUAUAUUUGGUCAAAGUUAUUUUGUUGUUUUAGGUAUUUGCAGUGUAAUUAUGACUAAAUCUUAGACUUUAGAAGCUUGCUUCUAUGUAAUUAUGUUUGUUAAAAGUGGUUAUCACUAGCACAAACUCAAUAAAACACUUAAAUAUUCAAUAAACUCUUUAUUAUUUAAAAUUUUCACAUAAUUUAAUUCUCCUUUUACUUAUUAUUUCAUUUAACAACAAUUUUGUGGUUUUAGCCUAAUUUAAGUACAUUUUCAUGGGUUUAUAGGUUAAUUUAACCAGCAACUGAAUGCAUAUUUCUAAAUUACAUAAUUAGUGUAUUAUUGUUUUUAAAAUUAAUCAAUAGAAAUCUUACAUAAUGUUAGAUUAAAUGUAAUGUUACAAUUUAAUGACUAUGUUCAAGUACCAAAUAUAUAUUUCUAGAAUUUAUUUAAUAAUCAUUGGGUUGUCCUUACAAAUAAGGCACUUCACUAACAUCAUAUAGUCCAGUCAAUAAAGCAUUAUAGAUGGAAAACUAUAGAACACAAUUUCUGACUUCAGGACUUUAUUUAGACUAGUUAGGAGGUGAACAUAGCAAAAGUCCCCGCCCUUAGCCCUUGAGCCGGCGGGGAGAGGGGGGUUUAAAGGUGCCACUUUUCGGUUUUUCGCUUAAUCCUAGGAAACUAUGCGUCCUAGUGACAUGACUACUUUGAACCAAAAAAAUCAUAUUCAAUUUACUACAGAUGAGAUAGACAAGUUUUUCUAUAAAUUGUAUAGUUUUCGCGGCAUCUGCUCUAGAAGGUCUGUAAUAUUGGAAAUUUUAUUUUUGUUUUACAUGUUCCCAUCAGGAGAAAAUCUACUAAAUCAACAUUGAGCAAUCAUUCUAGACAUGCGGGAGCAUGUUAAGCCUAGUUCCAGCGAGGGGACUACAACGUGCGUAUAUUUAGACGAAUCACUUUGAGCCACUUUUGAGUCCUCAUCACUCAAAAACUACUCUGCAUUAACACUUCAAAUUUGGCUCAUGUGUUGAGACUUACAAGAUAUACAUCAGUUUCAAAUUUUACAAAUAUGCCUCAAACGGUUCUUUAGAUAUUGACGUCCAAAAAUCUACAUGUCUGACCUAUAGACCAAAUUCUAACCACUUCCAGAUGACCUCGAAGGUUCAAAUUUGGCAUCCAGAAAGGUAGUUAUGUAAAUACAAAGGAACAAAUAAAAAACCAGUAAAUUUUAACAUUUCACAUGUGAUAGAUAGAUAGUAGUGCUCUAAAUAUCGAUUUUUGAACGUCAAUACCUAAAUAACCGUUUGAGGUAUAUUUAUGAAAUUUGAAGCUGAUGUACAUCUUGCAAGUCUCAAUACAUGAGCCAAAUUUGAAGUGUUAAUGCACAGUAGUUUUUGAAUGAUGAGGAGUCAAAAGUGGCUCUAAUUGGUUCGUCUAAAUAUACGCACGGUGCAGUCCCCUCCAUGGAACUAGGCUUAACAUGCUCCCGCAUGUCUAUAGUGUUUGCUCAAUGUUGAUUUAGUCGAUUUUCUCCUGAAAGGAACAUGUAAGACAACAAUAAAAUUUCCAAUUUUACAGACCUUCUAGAGCAGAUGCCGCAAAAACUAUGCAAGAUAUAGAAAAACUUGACUGUCUCACCUGUAGCAAAUUGAAUAAGCUUUUUUUGGUUCAUAGUAGUCAUGUCACUAGGACGCAUAGUUUCCGAGGAUUAAGCGAAAAACCGAAAAGUGGUACCUUUAAACCCCCCUCUCCCCGCCGGCUCAAGGGCUAAGGGCGGGGACUUUUGGUAUGUUCACCACCUAACUAGGCUAAAUAAAGUCCCGAGGUCAGAAAUUGUGUUCCACGGAUUUCUCUCUACACCGUCGUUAAGGCAUUCAUUGACUGGACUAAUAUUACUAUGAUUAAUCAUUGUCAUUUUAAUUUGUUCAAUGUAUCAAUCAAGUAGAUUAACAAAAUUGCAAACAUUAAUUGAAGAAUUUAUACUAAAAUGAAAAUGGGACUAUCUCAUGUUAGAUUUGUAACAACUCCUAAUUUAGAAAUAACUGUCAAACUUGGUUAUCUAUUCAACAUGGAUAAAUGCCUAUCUCUAGACGCAUAAUACAUUUCAAGGUAAUUUUGCUGAAUACAAUAACACCCAAAACAAUAACAAAGUUUACAGAUUUUAAUGAAACGAAAUCAUUAUUAACACAAUUAAUUAUCAUGACGUGUAAUUGGUAAACUAAAAUGAAAUUAAAAAAUGUUAUUCAAUUUAGGAUCUAAUAAUGUUUCUAAAGAUUUAUGUUUGUUUAAUACUAUUAUUGCCAACUCAGAAUUGCACCCAAAUUAAGUGAUAGCUAGUCAACUACAUAAAUUUAAUCCUUAAUAGAGUGAGAUAUCAUGUUAUUAGUUACAAGGAAUAUGGAAUUUUUACUUAUUUAGGGAAUUUUAUAAUAUCUCAUGCAAGCAACAGCUAGAUACUAAAACUUUUUGCAGUCCCUACGAUUGGUGAUUGUUAUAAAUGCCAUAAGAAAGUCACUUCUGCGAGUUUACUCCGCAACGCUAUACUCCCAUUCCCGCAGGCUUAUUACAGAUCUUAGCGAUCAGUUGCAAUAAAGCAAUGCAACUGGUACGCCAACCAAUGACAGCGCCGCGUUCAAUGAGGGCUAUCGUUUUAGCGCUCACCAGUUAGCGCCACUGUAGAGUAAGGUCCUGUCACUUGCUAGUAGCGAAGACAGUGGCGCCAACUUGUGAGCGCUAAAGUGG